AUGGGACAGGGACAUGUACUGCCACCACCUACCUCCUGGGUAGCACCACAGCUGGCAGGGAUGGCCAUGCCAGCUGCUCCCGCACAUUAUCGGUACAUGUACCAACGCAUCCGCAUCUGGUCUCACUGGACGGAGCGCAGUCCGCCUCUCUACCACGACACCUGCUCCUCUGGCAUACAGCUGCACCGCAUCCGAUUGCCGACUUCUGCCCGCCACACCGGUGGAGCAGAUCGAAGCCAGGUUGUGGAGCACGCCAACGCCAAGGGAGAGGCUGUGGCGGUGCAUUGCAUGCUGGGAUUUGGCCGAACUGGAACCAUGCUGGCCUGUUACCUCGUAAAGACCCAGAAGAUCACCGGCGUCGACGCCAUCCACAAAAUCCGCGAGAUGCGGCCCGGUUCCAUCGAGACAGCUGAUCAGGAGAAAGCCGUUGUCCAGUUCCACCACCGUGUCAAAUAGCCUUUUGUGUGGGGGAGAUCGCUUGGUCGUUGAAACUAUUAUAGUGGACAGCAUUAUGGAAAGAGACUCUCUUUCUAAACCACCCCCCACCCUCCCGGCAGAAGAAGAGCUAAAAUAAUUGUUCGGGGGACCUGGUUCUGAGUUCUUUAGGAUGGGUUAGGGCUAGAAAUGGUGGCUUAAAUCAAUGGGGGGGUUCCAGACAGAAAGUUGGGGAGGCAAGAUUACCCUGGAUCACGCAAUAGACUCUAUGAGACUGUACACAAUGAAAUUUCCUUCCCAUCCCGUAAGGAAUGGUGCUGUAGAGAAUUGGAUGCUGUUUUAGAACUGGGGGGAAGGGUGUCCUUUUCUCUUUCCUCUGACAACCCUCACUUCAACAUGUUGACAUCCUGACACAUUAUUUGCAGGGAUUAAAAGGGUUCAAAGGG